UUUUUUGAUUACAGAAAUGGACUAGUAUAAAAGGGGAUGGAUUUGUAGUAGGAGCACAGUUGAUCUCGGAUCGAGUCGACUCCACGAUGAGGGCUGUACUGUUACUAGUUGUGGGCCUGGCCAGCUUGGCCAUGGCUACGCCUGUAACUGAUGACAACAGGGACCUAGUGACAUUGGACAUUAAGCAACGGCAGAUGAUUAUUUUGAAAUUACUGAACCAUGUGAUGGAGCCCUUGAUGUACAAGGAUCUGGAAGAAAUAGGCAAGAACUACAAAAUCGAGGAAAACAUUGACUGCUAUGUUAAAACCGAUGUUGUGAAGACUUUCGUCAAAAUGAUGAAGGUUGGUUUCCUGCCCCGUGGAGAGAUCUUCACCCUGCACAUUGACCGCCAACUCAAAGAGGUCGUCACCAUGUUCCACAUGCUGUACUAUGCCAAGGACUUCACCACUUUCAUCAAGACCGCCUGCUGGAUGCGCCUGUACCUCAACGAAGGCAUGUUCGUAUACGCUCUCACCGUGGCUGUCAGACACCGUGAGGACUGCAGGGGUAUCAUCCUGCCUCCUCCCUACGAGAUCUAUCCAUACUACUUCGUGCGCGCUGAUGUCAUCCAGAAGGCAUACUUACUCAAAAUGAAGAAGGGAUUAUUGGACCAUAAACUUUGUGACUUCUACGGAAUCAAGAAGACCGACAAAGACGUCUACAUAAUCGAUGAGAACAUCUAUGACAAACGUGUAUACCUCUGCGACGAAGACAAACUCCGCUACUUCACUGAAGACAUUGACCUGAACACUUACUACUACUACUUCCACAUCGACUAUCCAUUCUGGAUGAAGGACAGAUUCAUGGACAAAAUGAAGACCAGGCGCUUUGAGCUUACAGUAUACAUGUACCAACAGAUCCUUGCGAGAUACUACAUGGAGCGUCUUUCCAACGGUUUGGGCAAGAUUAAGGAGUUCUCCUGGCACAAGACCAUUAAGAAGGGAUACUGGCCAUGGCUGAAACACCACAACGGUGUUGAAUUCCCUGUGAGAUUCGACAACUAUGUUAUUGCUCACGACUACAACCGUGACGUCAUUCGCUUGUGCGACGAGUAUGAGAGAAUCAUAAGGGAUGCUAUCAUCAAGGGCUACAUUGAAAUUAACGGUGUAAGGCUGGAACUGAAUAAGUAUAAGGAUAUGGAGACUCUUGGAAGAUUAAUCUACGGUAAAAUUGACAAGCUUGAUGUUGACAGAGUUACUGUAGACUCAUACCGCUACUUACUGAUCGUCAUGAAGGCCGCCCUGGGUCUUAACACUUUCCAUUCAGACAAAUACUUCGUGGCACCUUCCAUUUUGGACCAUUACCAGACCGCUCUCCGUGACCCAGUAUUCUACAUGCUACAGAAACGUAUUAUUGACUUGGUGUGCUUGUUCAAGCUGCGUCUGCCUAGCUACACCAAGGAGGACCUCUACUUCCCUGGUGUCAAGAUCGACAACGUGAACAUUGACAGGCUCGUUACUUACUUCGAUGACUACCUGAUGGACAUGACCAACGCUGUAUACCUGACUGAAGAUGAACUCAAGAAGACCAAAUCCGACAUGAAAUUCUUCGUCCGCAAACGCCGCCUCAAUCACCAGCCCUUCAAGUUUACCUUCGAUGUCAUAUCUGACAAGGCUGUCGACUGUGUCGUAAGAAUCUUCUUUGGACCUAAGAAGGACAACAUGGGCCGUCUCAUUGACAUCAACAUCAACCGCCUUAACUUCGUUGAAUUAGAUACCUUCCUAUACAAACUGACCACUGGCAAGAAUACGAUCGUCAGGAACUCUUAUGACAUGCACAACCUGGUCCGUGACCGCAUCAUGACCCGUGACUUGUGGAAGAAGGUUGAAUCCAUCACUGACAUGAGGGACUUCCUCGUUAAGGACUUGAGGAACUACCACACUGGUUUCCCAACUAGACUUCUGCUUCCUAAAGGUUUCGUUGGUGGUAUGGACGUAGUGUUCUACGUUAUUGUCACACCAUUGAAACUGGUUGACAACGUUGACAUGAACGUUUUGGACACCGACCGCAAGGACUUGGUGCGUGACUUCAGGUCAACGGUUCUUCUGGACAAGAUGCCUCUUGGCUUCCCCUUCGACCGUCGCAUUGACAUCGGUAACUUCUUCACACCUAACAUGAAGUUUGUGGAUGCUAAGAUCUACCACAAGAAGAUGACUUGUGACAUGAAGACCAGGUGGAACCGCUGGGUGCUGAAGAACUACAACUGGGUCGAAUGGAGCUCAAUUGAGGCUGACACGUACUUUGUUGACACUGACAUCAACAUGAAAGUUGACCGCAACGUAAACUUGGUUGAUCUGUAAACAUGUCCCUGAUAUAUCUAUAUUAUGUAUUAAAAUAUGUAUGUAUUUUUCUUUCCUUCACUGUUAUAAAUGCAAACUAAAAACCAAAAAAUAUAUUUUUUAAAUAUUUA